AUGGCUUCCAACGUUGAGCUUUCAGAAAGAAGCAGCCCAAGGCAUCAGAAAAACCGUCCAAGAGAAGAGAAAGAGGAAGUGGACUACAUGCAGAGAGCUCAGUGGCUAAGAGCUGCCUUGCUUGGAGCUAACGAUGGUCUAGUCACAGUCGCAUCGCUCAUGAUGGGUGUUGGUUCUAUCAAAGAAGACGUCAAAGCCAUGUUGCUUGUUGGUUUUGCCGGCCUUGUAGCCGGUGCGUGUAGUAUGGCCAUUGGAGAGUUUGUGUCUGUGUGCACACAAAGAGAUAUUGAGACUGCGCAGAUGAAGAGAGCUAUUGAGACUAAGAUAUCAUUAUCAGAAAUUGAUGAACAAGAGGAGGAGGAGAAGAAAGAACGGCUGCCAAAUCCAGGACAAGCAGCGAUAGCAUCAGCGUUAGCGUUUUCGGUUGGUGCAGCAGUGCCGCUGCUGUCCGCUGUAUUCAUAGAGAAUCAUAAGGUAAGAAUGGCGGUGGUAGCGAUUGUGGCAACCCUUGCAUUGUUGGUCUUUGGAGUGACCGGUGCGGUCUUGGGAAAGACAAGCGUUGUUAAGUCGAGCGUUAGGGUGGUGAUUGGUGGCUGGAUGGCUAUGGCUCUUACCUUUGGUCUCACCAAGUUCAUUGGCUCCGAAGCCAUGCAAAUCUAG